AUGACAGAAUUGCUAGCCGAGCAUAUACCGGAAGAGCUAGCCGCUGCUGCCUACCCGGGGCCAGUUGCCCCGACUGGCAUCAAAAAGGGCGAUGAGCACGACGAACCGCUAUACAAAACCGAGCAAGAGGCCGGCACAUCGAACGUUUCGGGUCUUCUGGCGUCUCAGGACCAAGGCUGGGUGAAAAUUUUGUACUUCGCAGGCUCAUGUUCGAUCAAUCUCAUCCUGCCCUUUCUCAACGGUCUCAUGCUGGGCUUUGGAGAGCUGAUAGCGCAUGAAAUCAGCUGGAAGUUUAACUGGUUCAAAAGAUCAAAUACCGGGUACAAGAUAUACCCUGAAUCGCGCAAAUAUGCCUCUCAGGGCCAGCCGACUGGUAAACUGGAGCAAGAGAAAAGAAUACAUCGUUUUUUGUAG